AUGAAACUGAUACUCACAAUCUCAGCGUUUCUUAGCCUCGUCCCACCUCUCUUCGGUCAGCCCAUUUCUGAUGUCAAUGUGGACUAUGUCACUACCAGCAUCACUUCAUCCUCAAGCAUUGCUGCUACCGUACCUGCACAACCCUCUGCACCCCCGCCCGGCAUUCCCAAUCCAGAGAGUAGCGUUAGUAACCUCAUCUCACUCCUCCAGCGCCUCAGCGAGCAAGCUAUUGUUCUUCAAAAGACCCUCUCUACAGUUGAAUCAGACAAGAAUAGCAUCCCUUCGAUCCGCGCCCAGACCCGAGCCAUUACCGCCACCGGCGACGCCUCAAUAGCCCAAGGGCUCGCCUUGGAUUACCUGAAUACGCUUGACAGCACAAGGGUGACUCUCAGCACCGUCGCAUUAAAACCGAUUUUCGGUCACUUACUGACGAUUAUCAAAAAUAAGAUGCACGACUGGAUAGGAGUGGUGCGAAUUAGCGCACUUAGGCUGUUUGUCGCUGUCACUGGUAUAGUCAAAAUUUCGGAAGGGCUUUUGAUUGAGGAGGCUUGGGCCAGUGUGGACCGUCGGUUCCCGGCAAUCUUGGUGGAGUUUCACGGGCCGUUUUCUUGA